GCUAUAAUUAUAUGUGAAUCGCGAAUGUUGCAGCAGUGUGGCUGCAUUCGUUGAAGACAACCGGUGUUGGUCGAGUAAUAUUUUUGAUUGAUUUCGCUAAACUAUUCAAAAUGGCACGACGACAGCAGCUGGACGAUUACGAGGUGCCGGCGGCCGUCAAAACGUUGUGCGCGACCAACUUCAAACGAACCGACGCGUACGGACCGGAAGAGGACGCCCUGCUGGCGAAAGUGACCGAGGCCAAGAAGCGGGGCUCGCAGCUGACCGUGGAAAACUACAGGGAACAGCUGAAACUGCUGAACCAGAUCGAAGAUGAACACCUGGCCAAGGAGUUUGGUGAAAACGUAGUGGUUGGGCCCAGUCUGGAGCCCAGGAGAGAUCUGGUGGAUCCGGUUGUCGGUGGCUUCAAGUGCCAGAUAGCGAAGAAGCUGUUGGGAAGUUGUAAAGCAAACAUCAAGGAAGAUGGAGGUGUACGCAUGAGCAUCAAUCGUUACGACGGAGGUAUCAAAAAGAUCACCGGAACUGUGGACAACGUGGACGCACAUAAUGUGACCAUUUGGGUGGAAAAGGAGUUUGAUGUCCAUAACGUGAAUAAGCUUGAAUUCCUCGUCGAAAGGACCACGUUUCAGAUGGAGUAUCGUGCACUUGAGCUGUUGGAGCAGAACGUUAUCAAAAAUGUUUUCUUUGCUGAUUCUUACACCGGGAAUAAAUCGUUGGAUUAUAUGAGUUUCGAGUGGUUCCGUCCGAGCAUUGCAUCCAAUCCGGAGCAAGCCCAAGCAAUCCGAAACAUCCUCAAUCAAACCUCGUUCCCGGUGCCUUACGUGCUGUUUGGUCCACCCGGCACGGGCAAAACGUCCACGCUGGCGGAAGCCAUCGGCCAAAUCUACAAACUUCGGCCCUCGGUGAAUGUUCUCGCAGUGGCCACGUCGAAUUCGGCCGCCAACGAGCUAACCAGCCGACUGCUGGAAAUCAUUCCCGAGGAUAACGUUUAUCGAUUCUUUGCCAGAUCCUGCGCGCGCAAGAAGAGAGACAUCGAAAAAGAGGUCCUGGACGUGUCGAACCUGCGUGGAAGUACAGUUGCGGACAGUCAACGGUUCUACGAGAAGAUUCGACCCUGUCGAGUGGUUCUUUGUACCGCGUCUACCGCAGGUCGACUGGUGGGCAUGGAUAUCCCCAAGGAACACUUUAGCUACAUCUUCAUCGAUGAAUGUGGCAGCGCCAAGGAGAUUUCCAGCCUGGUUCCGAUAGUCGGCGUUGGCAUACACGAGGGUCAAAUCACUGCUAGCAUUGUUCUGGCUGGAGAUCCGAGGCAACUGGGACCGGUCAUUCCGUGUAAAUAUCUGAACGAUACGACCCACAGUGUGUCCCUGCUGGAGCGCAUCGCAGACAAAGGAUUGUACGCGAAGAAUCCGCUGACGGGAGAGUAUGAUCCGAACGUCAUCACACAACUUAGGAAUAACUUCCGGUCACAUCCGGCAUUGCUUGAGCUGCCGAAUCGUAUGUUCUACGCCGGACAGCUGCGAGCAAAAGCUUCUCCCGAUAAGACUCACUGGGCCGUGGGUUGGGAUCGUCUGCCGAAUCGCGCCUUUCCGUUGAUCUUUCAUCCCGUGGUAGGAGAGAUCAAGCAGGAUGAAAACUCCUCCAGCAUGUACAACGAGCAGGAAGCUGAACAAGUACUCUCGUACGUGGACACCAUUAUGAACGAUGGAAUUUGUGGCAAGAAACUCGAGCAAACUGCAAUCGGGAUCAUCACUCCGUACGCGCGCCAGGUUCGAUAUCUGAAAGACCUUCUGAACAUGCGUGGCUGGAAAGACAUUGAAGUCGGGUCAACGGAGCAAUACCAGGGACGCGAGAAGCCCAUCAUGCUGAUGUCGACCGUACGGACGGGCAGCAAGAGUGUGGGCUUUUUGGCUGACACCAAACGGCUGAACGUAUCCCUGACGAGGGCGCAAGCCCUGAUGAUUGUGGUGGGCGAUCCGGAAACGCUACAGAACAAUCGACACUGGGAGAAGCUGCUGCAGUACUGCAGACGCAACAAUGCCGUGUUUGGAAGGUCGGAGAAGCCGGCAAGGCAGGUUGUACGGCAAGAUAGAGAGCGACACUCGGAGAGGAGGUUCUACAAGAAGGCGCCCCCCACCAACGUGGGCCGUUCUCGUUUUGGCGGUAAAAAAGUUCAACCGGAAGUGGGUGAGGUGGAGAGUAAGAUGGAACGUCUGGGACUGGAUGGAGAUUGUUGAUGAUUUGUUUAUGGUUUGGUUUUAAGAGCCGGGUUUUGUUCUCGAACAUAAGAUUUUUAUGUUAUGUUAUUAUGAUUCUGAUUAUGAGAUUUUGUUUGAAAUAACUGUAAAUUUAUUGUGGCAAUAGUUUUCGGAUUAUUAAAAAAAUAUAUAUAUUUAAGGAUGAGAAAUUUA